ACCAUCCACGAGGCCAACAGACCAUCCACGAGGCCAACAGACCAUCCACCAAGCCAGCAGACCAUCCACGACACCAACAGACCAUCCACGAGAUCAACAGACCAUGCACGAGAUCAACAGACCAUCCACGAGAUCAACAGACCAUCCACGAGGCCAACAGACCAUCCACGAGGCCAACAGACCAUCCACGAGGCCAACAGACCAUCCACGAGGCCAACAGACCAUCCACGAGGCCAACAGACCAUCCACGAGGCCAACAGACAAUCCACGAGAUCAACAGGCCAUCCACGAGGCCAGCAGACCAUCCACGAGGCCAACAGACCAUCCACGAGGUCAACAGACCAUCCACGAGGCCAACAGACCAUCCACGAGGCCAACAGACCAUCCACCAAGCCAGCAGACCAUCCACGAGGCCAACAGACCAUCCACGAGGCCAACAGACCAUCCACGAGGUCAACAGACCAUCCACGAGGUCAACAGACCAUCCACGAGGCCAACAGACCAUCCACGAGGCCAACAGACCAUCCACUAAGCCAGCAGACCAUCCACGAGGCCAACAGACCAUCCACGAGGUCAACAGACCAUCCACGAGGCCAACAGACCAUCCACGAGGCCAACAGACCAUCCACCAAGCCAGCAGACCAUCCACGAGGCCAACAGACCAUCCACGAGGCCAGCAGACCAUCCACGAGGCCAACAGACCAUCCACCAAGCCAGCAGACCAUCCACGAGGCCAACAGACCAUCCACGAGGCCAACAGACCAUCCACGAGGUCAAAAGACCAUCCACGAGGCCAGCAGACCAUCCACGAGGCCAGCAGACCAUCCACGAGGCCAACAGACCAUCCACGAGGUCAACAGACCAUCCACGAGGCCAGCAGACCAUCCACGAGGUCAACAGACCAUCCACGAGGUCAACAGACCAUCCACGAGGUCAACAGACCAUCCACGAGGUCAACAGACCAUCCACCAAGCCAGCAGACCAUCCACGAGGCCAACAGACCAUCCACGAGGCCAGCAGACCAUCCACGAGGUCAACAGACCAUCCACGAGGUCAACAGACCAUCCACGAGGCCAACAGACCAUCCACGAGGCCAACAGACCAUCCACUAAGCCAGCAGACCAUCCACGAGGCCAACAGACCAUCCACGAGGUCAACAGACCAUCCACGAGGCCAACAGACCAUCCACGAGGCCAACAGACCAUCCACCAAGCCAGCAGACCAUCCACGAGGCCAACAGACCAUCCACGAGGCCAGCAGACCAUCCACGAGGCCAACAGACCAUCCACCAAGCCAGCAGACCAUCCACGAGGCCAACAGACCAUCCACGAGGCCAACAGACCAUCCACGAGGUCAACAGACCAUCCACGAGGCCAGCAGACCAUCCACGAGGCCAGCAGACCAUCCACGAGGCCAACAGACCAUCCACGAGGUCAACAGACCAUCCACGAGGCCAGCAGACCAUCCACGAGGUCAACAGACCAUCCACGAGGUCAACAGACCAUCCACGAGGUCAACAGACCAUCCACGAGGUCAACAGACCAUCCACCAAGCCAGCAGACCAUCCACGAGGCCAACAGACCAUCCACGAGGCCAGCAGAACAUCCACGAGGUCAACAGACCAUCCACGAGGUCAACAGACCAUCCACGAGGUCAACAGACCAUCCACGAGGUCAACAGACCAUCCACGAGGCCAACAGACCAUCCACUAGGUCAACAGACCAUCCACGAGGCCAACAGACCAUCCACGAGGUCAACAGACCAUCCACGAUACCAACAGACCAUCCACGAGGUCAACAGACCAUCCACGAGGUCAACAGACCAUCCACGAGGCCAGCAGACCAUCCACGAGGCCAACAGACCAUCCACCAAGCCAGCAGACCAUCCACGAGGUCAACAGACCAUCCACGAGGCCAACAGACCAUCCACGAGGCCAGCAGACCAUCCACGAGGCCAACAGACCAUCCACCAAGCCAGCAGACCAUCCACGAUACCAACAGACCAUCCACGAGGCCAACAGACCAUCCACGAGGCCAGCAGACCAUCCACCAAGCCAGCAGACCAUCCACGAUACCAACAGACCAUCCACGAGGCCAACAGACCAUCCACGAGGCCAGCAGACCAUCCACCAAGCCAGCAGACCAUCCACGAUACCAACAGACCAUCCACGAGGCCAACAGACCAUCCACGAGGCCAGCAGACCAUCCACCAAGCCAGCAGACCAUCCACGAUACCAACAGACCAUCCACGAGGCCAACAGACCAUCCACGAGGCCAGCAGACCAUCCACCAAGCCAGCAGACCAUCCACGAUACCAACAGACCAUCCACGAGGCCAGCAGACCAUCCACGAGGCCAGCAGACCAUCCACCAAGCCAGGAGACCAUCCACGAUACCAACAGACCAUCCACGAGGCCAACAGACCAUCCACGAGGCCAGCAGACCAUCCACCAAGCCAGCAGACAGCGGCGGCCGGCCUGGCCUCACCAAACAAGACAGAAACAAGGAACCAAACACGCGGCGCGGGCUUCUCACAUUUGUAA